AUGUGGUAUUUUAGGUCUCUUGCGAAACUAUUUUGUUCUCAUGAUGCCUCACAUCUGAUUUUAGGGGAAGCAGCGAAGCUCUUUGCAGAUGCUGGUAUUAUUUGCAUUGCCAGUCUGAUAUCUCCUUAUCAAAGAGACCGGGAUGCAUGCCGUGCAUUAAUGACUGACGGAAAUUUUGUUGAGGUCUUCCUAGAUGUACCAUUGCAAGUAUGUGAGGUCAGGGAUCCAAAGGGCUUGUACAAGCUUGCACGUCAAGGAAAGAUCAAAGAUUUUACUGGUAUUGAUGAUCCAUAUGAACCACCUUUGACUUGUGAGAUAGUAUUACGGCAUGAAGGAGCUGGUGCUUCCCCUUGUGAGAUGGCUGAAAAAGUGAUAUCCCACUUGGAGGAGAAGGGGUUCCUACAUGUGUGA